UGACAGGGCUUCUCCGGGAAAAAGCAUAUAAAGGCGUGGGCUGCUGCCUGCAGCCAGUCGUGGCUACCGGACUGUGUGUGGGACCUCGGCUGUCUGUACUGUGCGGCCAGACCUGGAACACAACUCAGAACUCACCCAGCUUUUGAGACAGGUGGCGAGGCAGGAGGCACCAUGCUCCGGGGGCUGGCGCUGCUGGCUCUGUGUGCGUGUGCAGGCACUCUCGCUGGUGAGCAGGAAGAGGAUGCUGUCUUCGACCUUUUCAGCAUCAGCAACAUAAACCGGAAGACCAUUGGUGCCAAGCAGUUCCGAGGACCCGACCCCGGUGGCCCUGCAUACCGCUUUGUGAGGUUUGACUACAUCCCCCCUGUGAAUGCAGCUGAGCUGGACAGGAUCCUUGAGGCCAUGAGGCGGAAGGACGGCUUCUUUCUCACUGCCCAGCUAAAGCAGGACCCCAGGUCCCGCGGCACGCUGCUGGCGCUGGAGGGCCCUGGUGCCUCCCAGAGGCAAUUUGAGAUCGUCUCCAAUGGCCCAGCUGAUGCCCUGGAUCUCACCUACUGGGCUGAGGGCACCCCACAUGUGGUGUCCCUGGAGGAUGUGGGCCUGGCUGACUCCCAGUGGAAGAAUGUCACUGUGCAGGUGGCCGGCGAGACCUACAGCCUGUAUGUGGGCUGUGACCUCGUGGACAGCUUCUCGCUGGAUGAGCCCUUCUAUGAGCAGCUGGAGGCAGACAGGAGCAGGAUGUAUGUGGCUAAGGGAGCGACCCGAGAGAGUCACUUCAGGGGUUUGCUGCAGAACAUCCAUUUGGUGUUUGAGAAUUCUGUAGAAGACGUCCUCAGAAGGAAAGGCUGCCAGCAGGGCCAGGGCGCCGAGGUCAAUGCCAUCAGCGAGCACACAGAGACCUUGCACCUGAGCCCGCACAUCACCACAGAGCUGGUGGGUCACGGCGUGGAUCGGAGGCCUGAGGUGUGUGAGCACUCCUGCGAGGAGCUGUCCAACAUGAUCCGCGAGCUGUCGGGGCUGCAUGUCCUGGUGCGCCAGCUGGAUGACAAUCUGAGGAAAGUGUCCAGCGAUAACCAGUUUCUCUGGGAGCUCAUUGGUGGCCCUCCCAAGACGAAGAACAUGUCUGCCUGCUGGCAGGAUGGCCGAUUCUUUGCAGAAAAUGAAACCUGGGUGGUGGACAGUUGUACCACGUGCACCUGCAAGAAAUUCAAAACUAUUUGCCGCCAAAUCUCUUGCCCACCAGUGACGUGUGCCCACCCAUCAUUCGUGGAAGGCCAGUGCUGCCCCACCUGCUCUCACGAGGUGGACAGCGAGGAAGGCUGGUCUCCGUGGUCAGAGUGGACAGAGUGCUCCGUGACAUGCGGCUCUGGGACCCAGCAGAGAGGCCGGUCGUGCGAUGUCACCAGCAACACCUGCCUUGGGCCCUCCAUCCAAACUCGGGCUUGUAGCCUGGGCCAAUGUGACACACGCAUCCGGCAGAAUGGGGGCUGGAGCCACUGGUCGCCCUGGUCCUCCUGCUCAGUGACCUGUGGAGUCGGCAACGUCACACGUAUCCGCCUCUGCAACUCCCCAGUGCCCCAGAUGGGGGGCAAGAACUGCAAAGGCAGCGGCCGGGAGACUAAGACCUGCGAGGCUGCCCCCUGCCCUGUUGAUGGCCGCUGGAGCCCGUGGUCCCCGUGGUCGACCUGCACAGUCACGUGCGGCGGAGGAAUCCGCGAGCGCACACGGGUCUGCAACAACCCUGAGCCGCAGCACGGGGGACAGGACUGCGUGGGGGACGUGAAGGAGUACCACAUGUGCAAUAGGCGGAGCUGCCCCGUAGAUGGGUGCUUGUCCAAUCCCUGCUUCCCUGGGGCUGUGUGCAACAGCUUCCCGGAUGGGUCCUGGUCCUGCGGCUCCUGUCCAGUGGGGUUCCUGGGCAAUGGGACUCACUGUGAAGACCUGGACGAGUGCGCUGUGGUUGCGGAUAUCUGCUUCUCCACCAACAAAGUCUCCCGCUGUGUCAACACCCAGCCUGGCUUCCACUGCCUGCCCUGCCCGCCACGCUACAAGGGCACCCAGCCCUUCGCGGUGGGCCUGGAGGCUGCCAAGACGGAGAAGCAGGUGUGUGAGCCUGAGAACCCUUGUAAGGACAAGACCCACAGCUGCCACCGGCACGCGGAGUGCAUCUACCUGGGCCACUUCAGUGACCCCAUGUACAAGUGCGAGUGCCAGAUAGGCUACGCAGGCGACGGGCUCAUCUGCGGCGAGGACUCCGACCUGGAUGGCUGGCCCAAUAGCAACCUGGUCUGCGCCACCAAUGCCACCUACCACUGCAUCAAGGACAACUGCCCCCAGCUCCCCAAUUCUGGCCAGGAAGAUUUUGACAAGGAUGGCGUUGGUGAUGCAUGUGAUGAGGAUGAUGACAAUGAUGGAGUGAGCGACGAGAAGGACAAUUGCCAGCUGCUGUUCAACCCCCGGCAGUCUGAUUAUGACAAGGACGAAGUUGGGGACCGCUGUGACAACUGCCCCUACGUGCACAACCCUGCCCAGAUUGAUACGGACAGCAAUGGCGAGGGGGAUGCUUGCUCUGUCGACAUUGACGGCGAUGACGUCUUCAAUGAAAGAGACAACUGCCCCUACGUCUAUAAUACUGACCAGAGAGACACGGACGGCGACGGUGUGGGUGACCACUGCGACAACUGCCCGUUGAUGCAUAAUCCCGAUCAGACGGACCUGGACAACGACCUUGUGGGAGACCAGUGUGACAACAACGAAGACAUAGAUGAUGACGGCCACCAGAACAACCAGGACAACUGCCCCUACAUCUCCAAUGCCAACCAGGCUGACCAUGACAAUGAUGGCAAGGGGGAUGCCUGUGACCCCGACGACGACAAUGAUGGGAUCCCAGACGACAGGGACAACUGCCGGCUGGUGUUCAACCCCGACCAGGAGGACACAGAUGGUGAUGGGCGUGGUGAUAUUUGUAAAGAUGACUUUGAUAAUGACAACGUCCCAGAUAUCGAUGACGUGUGCCCUGAAAACAACGCCAUCAGUGAGACUGACUUCAGGAACUUCCAGAUGGUGCCCUUGGACCCCAAGGGGACCACUCAAAUCGAUCCCAACUGGGUCAUCCGGCACCAGGGCAAGGAGCUGGUUCAGACAGCAAACUCAGAUCCUGGCAUUGCUGUAGGUUUUGAUGAGUUCGGGUCUGUAGACUUCAGCGGCACGUUCUAUGUGAACACUGAGCGUGAUGAUGACUAUGCCGGCUUCGUCUUCGGCUACCAGUCCAGCAGCCGGUUCUACGUGGUGAUGUGGAAGCAGGUGACGCAGACCUACUGGGAGGACAAGCCCAGCCGGGCCUACGGCUACUCAGGCGUGUCACUCAAGGUGGUCAACUCCACGACAGGCACCGGCGAGCACCUGCGGAAUGCACUGUGGCACACAGGGAACACAGAGGGGCAGGUGAGGACGUUAUGGCAUGACCCCAAAAACAUCGGCUGGAAGGACUACACCGCCUACCGGUGGCAUCUGAUCCACAGGCCCAAGACAGGGUACAUGAGGGUCUUAGUGCAUGAAGGAAAACAGGUCAUGGCCGACUCAGGACCGAUCUACGACCAAACCUAUGCUGGUGGGAGGCUAGGCCUGUUCGUCUUCUCUCAAGAAAUGGUCUACUUCUCGGACCUCAAGUACGAGUGCAGAGAUGUCUAGAUAAGAUGCGCUGGAUUUCCGAAAUGUGCUACAAACGCUAUUUCUUAGACAUCUCAGUGCGCCCUGGUACUUGUAGAUUUUCUCCCUCGUGGCAUUCAGUGCUCCCUGACCUUGUCCCAUGCGUGGCUCUGCAGCUCCUUCAUCAGCCCCAAGUUCGUGUUCCCUCAGAUGACGAUCACAAAUGGAACCCAAAGAUGCACAUCCAACCUUCUCCUGGAAAAGUCUGAUGAUGGAGAUUUUGUGUGGAAUGAAAUUUGGCCGUGGCAUUGCAUUCCUUUUGCUUGUCUGUUUAAAAAGGAUGACGUUUACAUAUGAAAUGUAAUUACUUAUUGUAUUUAUAUGUAUAUGGAGUUGAAGGGAAUAUUGUGCAUAAGCCAAUAUUAUAAAUUAAGCAUGAAAACUGUUGUUCAACUACUUUCACUGCUUAAUGUUUUCACUCUUCUUGGAUUAGUACUGUUUUACAGUAACACACAAGUUCUUCGGGUCAACCAUAAGGAAGGGUCAAGUCGAGUCUGAGGCAAUGCCAUAGCGAGGCUGAGGUUAGGAAGCUUACUGGUGUGAGUCUGCGGCCCGAUAUGGAAUGAUGUGAGCUAUAAAUUGACUAACUGGAGCAGAGAAAAUAGUUAGAAAACUGAAAGAAUGCACUUGCCCUUUCUCCUGCUGCCUGCAAUGGAAGCCUCAUGCCAGACAGAGAUGGAGUUUUAUCAGAGAGAG